ACCGAUGACCUGCCUUUCCUCUUACGCCAUACACACCCAACAGUGCCUCUCACAUAUUCUCUCUCUUCACUCACAUCCAAACGAAGAAAAGCAUAUUACUUGUAGACGCUGUUGUCAGAUUUUAGGGUUUCCAUACCCAAAACACUGUCUCUCAGCCCAUACACAAUCCUAAUAAAUUCCACCGGAUAAGCCUCAUCCACCAUGGUAUUGGUACGGAAGCUUCCGUUCCUCACUUGCAAUUCAUAACCCUUUCUCUGUUUUUGCUUUUAUUGUCAUUUCUGGUGUGAAGAUUUGUACAAAUUGGGAACAGAAAAAGAGAGAAUUGAAUGCAUUUGGAAGGGGGCUUUUGGUGGGAAAGAUCUGUAGCUUUUGGGGUGUUUUUGUUUUUUUUUAUUUUUCAUUUUUGGGAUGUGUAAAUGCUGAAAUUUGGCAUUUCUGGGAUUGAUUUGUCGGUGGGUUCUUCUUAGAUUUUGAUAUGGAGAUAGGGGCUGAAAGAGCACUGUUUGGGUAUUGGUAUUUUCUUGUGAUUUUGGGUUAGCUGUAGGGUUAAUUUUGGAGGCUUGGAUCAAAUUGUCAGUGCGUUUUGCGUUGAUUUUCGUUUAGAAGAAUGGGCUGGAAGAUCACUUUUUUUUCAUAUCAAUCUUUGUGAUUUUGGGAAAAGAUUCUGGUGAAAUUCAGAGUUUUGGAUCCCUUCGUCUAAGUUUUGUUUAGAAUUUGACAUCGAUCACCCCUUGGGAUAUUAGAGUAGCAUAAGUUUGUGGGUUCUUGGAGAAAUUGGGGUUGAAAAUGGAGGAUCAGAUAUUUUUCGGUGAUGCGUCUGCAAGGAAUUUAGUUAGGGAGGUGAAAUUGGAAGAGGAUGAGGAGGAUUUCCGGAGCUGUUGCGAAGAUGAAGAAGAAUGGAAGGAUACUGAAGAAUCAGUGAAGGAAGGUGCAAAGGAUUUGAAGGAGGAACUCGAUGAAUUUUCAGUGAAGAUGUUCUUCAAGGGCAUGUCAAUAGCUGAGGCUGGUGAUUCUGGUUCUGGGCUUUCUGGAAUAGGGGUGGUCAUGGAAAGAUCAGCCAGCGCUCCUACAAUACAAGUGCAGAAAAAACUUGACUUUUAUGUGGAUGAAUCCGUGGCUGACUAUUUGGCUUUGAUGGAUGGUUUGAUAGAGGCCAUGCAGAAUAAUAUUCGCCGUGUUUUUGCAUUUACUGAUUCCGAGAUCUUAUAUGACCAGAUUUCACAUGCGGAGGAGGAUGGGAAUCCACUUUUGAUGGCACUGAAGCAAAGGAUCUUAGAAUUUUCCAGUAAUCUGGAAGCUUUUGUUCUGAAUCUAAUUCCCAGUAAUGAUCUUGAGAGGCCAUUGCAAUUAGCCCAAGUGGCAAUUGGGAUUGUUUCUUCACCUUCCAAGGGAGAUGGAUCACUGGAAAACUGUUCUAUCUGUUGUGAGGACAAACCUUCACCAAUGAUGAUCACAAUGAAAUGUUCACACAAAUUCUGUUCCCACUGCAUGAAAACCUAUGUUGAUGGAAAAGUACAGUCCUCUCAGGUCCCCAUUAGAUGUCCUCAGUUGAGAUGUAAAUAUUUCAUCUCUACUACUGAGUGCAGAUCUUUUCUUCCAGUCACUUGCUUUGAAUCUUUGGAGAGAGCCCUUGCAGAAGCAAAUGUUCUCAAUUCGGAGAAAAUCUACUGCCCCUUUCCAAAUUGUUCAGUCUUGUUUGAUCCACGAGAGUGUUUGUCAGCUAGGGCAAGUUCAUCAAGUCAGUCAGAUAACAGUUGUGUUGAGUGCCCAGUUUGUCAGAGAUUUAUCUGUGUUGAUUGUGGAGUUCCUUGGCAUUCUUCAAUGAGCUGUGAAGAGUAUCAAAGUCUCCCCUUGGAGGAAAGAGAUGCUGGGGACAUUACUUUACAUCGCCUUGCACAAAAUAAAAGGUGGAGGCGUUGCCAGCAAUGCCGGAGGAUGAUUGAGCUCACGCAAGGGUGCUAUCACAUGACCUGCUGGUGUGGGCAUGAGUUCUGCUAUUCUUGUGGUGCGGAGUAUAGAGACGGACUACAGACCUGUCAAUGUGCAUUUUGGGACGAAGAGAACUCUGAAGACUUGAUGAGCCACUCGAUCCAAGAAUCUGAACAAUGGGAAUGGGAUUCCUUCAAUUCACUUCCCAUGACCAUGGGCAUGGACGCAUACUCAGAUCAGGAGAGAUCUCAGCUGGCACUGAUCCAGAGGUUCCUUGCUGGGGGUUUCAGUCUGAGCGACCAUCACCCAUACCAAUCCCCACCACGUUGUACAGACUCGUAUGUUGAUGCCAUGAAGGACCUCCAUCAGCUUCCUUGGCUGGAGAGGUUUGUGUCAGUAAUAAGUGACAACUACUAUGAAGACUAUAUCCAAUGAAUGAGGCGGAUGUAGCAAGAGUCUGUCGCAUGUUCCAAAAUUCCUGGAAAAUAAGUUGCAUUUGGCUUCACAAGGGGAGGUAAAGAGUUCCUCACUCUCUUAACUCUCUUUUCAUUUACACCGCUCCUCCUUUCUUCUUUCUUCUUCUGUAGUCUUCCUGGAUCAAUUUCGAUCAGUGACUCUUAAACUUCCAUGCAUAUGGUGAUGGAUAGGAAAAGAAUAUGUUUUUAUUGUAGAAAGAAACAGGUAGCUGAAGACACAAAAGAAACGGAAUUAGACCCCUACAACAAAGUUAAUGAAACAGAUUAUAUAUGCUCAUUUCCUUUCA